UGUCAAGGGCUGAGGAAAAAGUCAAGUUGGGGUUUAAAGAUUUUCGUCUAUCGGGGGUCGUGUCGAGAAAGUCCGAGUUUUGGGUAUCGGGGACCAGCGGCUUCUAUGUUGGGUAGUUAUUCUAUUUUUGUCAAUCUCAACGUAUCUCCUUACCUUCUUUUUUUAACAAUUAAAUCUAUCCAAGGCUUAUUUUUUAAAUUUCAGAACCUCUUACAAAUCCAAAGAAAAUCAAAAAUAUUUAUAUUGAUCGAAAUAAACGUGAAUGGCAUUUUCUACAAUUUGUUGGUUUCAAAUCAAGUAUAUACAAGCCUUUAAUUAAAAGAAAAUAUGGAAUGGUACAGGAUGGUAAAAGUUUAGAAAAUAUUAAUUUUAGGUAAAAUUUUAUUUUUAAUUUAUUGGUAAAAAGAGGGGGGUUUGGUACAUCUAAGAAAGAACAAGUGAACUUUCGGUACUUUUGUG